CUGUGAACAAGAGCGCAAUAAGUCUGGGAGGAUCACCGCGCAAGGCGACCAGGCGCAGCCACACAGCCGCGACUCCCGCGUAACCCCCCCGGCAACACAACAGGCGUACGCGGGGAACUCGUCUGCGACUGGCAGCAACAGCAGCAAAGACAGCCCCAACUACGGCUCGAGCUAUCACCUGUGGCCAGAGAGCCCGCAUAAAGGAGAGGAGAGGAUACGCAUCGACCUCCAUAAGGCCACUACUGAGCAGAAGAAGCUGAGCCAUGCUGGAUCCAAGCCCUCCCUCUCCGAGAGCAGUGGCCGACUCCCUCAGAUAGCCAUGAACACCUGCAAGUACAAUGGCGGAGUGGUGAGACCACUAGUGGGCAGCCUGGCGUCCUCGUCGCGCCGCAACCUCGCAGAGCUCGACUCGGAGACGCAGCCCCUGCAGACGCUGCACAGCUCUGGCCUGGAGGUGGUGGUGUCGAAGGGCAACGGCGGCGAAGACCCCAGCAAGGCGUCCAAUGAGAGCUUGGUCAGGGAGGGCAGCGGGCAUAGCGGAGGCAGGGCGCCGCAGAAGAAGAACAGGGACAUCGGCUACAGGCUCGGCCACCGGCGGGCGCUGUUUGAGAAGCGGAAGCGGCUCAGCGACUACGCGCUCAUCUUUGGGAUGUUUGGGAUUGUUGUCAUGGUGACAGAGACGGAACUGUCAUGGGGGGUUUACACUAAGGAAUCUUCAUACUCAUUUGCACUGAAAUGCCUUAUCAGCCUUUCCACUGUUAUAUUGCUUGGUCUUAUAAUAAUGUACCAUGCCAGGGAAAUCCAGCUGUUUAUGGUCGACAAUGGUGCGGACGAUUGGAGGAUAGCCAUGACGUAUGAGCGGAUCUUCUUUAUCGUGCUGGAGCUGCUGGUGUGUGCCAUCCAUCCCAUCCCGGGCCAGUACGUCUUCACCUGGACGGCGCGGCUGGCCUUCACCUACACGCCGUCGGUGGCCGACGCUGACGUGGACAUUAUCCUCUCCAUCCCCAUGUUCCUGAGACUCUACUUGAUAGGCAGAGUCAUGUUGCUCCACAGCAAGCUGUUCACGGACGCUUCGUCUCGCAGCAUCGGCGCCCUCAACAAGAUCAACUUCAACACGCGCUUUGUCAUGAAGACCCUCAUGACCAUCUGUCCAGGAACUGUUCUGCUGGUGUUCAGUAUAUCCUCCUGGAUCAUUGCUGCAUGGACUGUGCGCGUCUGUGAGAGGUAUCAUGACAAACAGGAAGUGACCAGUAACUUCCUGGGAGCCAUGUGGCUCAUUUCGAUUACCUUCCUCUCCAUUGGCUACGGGGACAUGGUACCACACACGUACUGUGGGAAAGGCGUGUGUCUGCUUACAGGGAUUAUGGGAGCUGGUUGCACUGCACUGGUGGUUGCAGUGGUAGCCAGGAAGCUGGAGCUGACCAAGGCUGAGAAACAUGUCCACAAUUUCAUGAUGGACACACAACUCUGCAAACGAGUAAAGAACACCGCUGCCAAUGUACUCAGGGAAACAUGGCUCAUCUACAAACACACUAAGUUGGUCAAGAAGAUAGAUCACGCCAAGGUGCGGAAACACCAGCGCAAGUUUCUCCAAGCCAUUCACCAACUGCGUAGUGUAAAGAUGGAGCAGAGGAAACUCAAUGAUCAGGCCAACACCUUGGUGGACCUGGCCAAGACCCAGAAUGUGAUGUAUGACCUGGUGUCAGAGCUGCAGGAGCGCAGUGAGGAGUUGGACAAGCGCAUCGGCACAUUGGAGGACAAGCUGGACCUGGUGACGGGCAGCCUGCAGGCGCUGCCCUGCCUCAUCUCCCAAGCCAUAACCCAGCAGCAGCAGGACUUCCUGGACGGCUUUGUUCACCGCUUUCGGCCCGCCUCACUAGCCUCCGAGCGCUCUGAACGCUCCGAGCGAUCCUGGACUUCCACCGCCCGUAGGCGGCGCUCUCCCUCCACAGCACCACACACCUCCUCCGAUAGCGGAUAGCGUUGACACACCCCUCUGCAAUCGCCUUUGAGCGCCACCUUUCCCCAAACCAACUCGUCACCUCGUUCUGUCCUAUCCAAAGCCA